AUGGUAGACACGAUGAAUGACCAAACGGAUGCAAACUCGUCAUCUGAUCCGUACGCUUUGCUCGGCGAAUUCGGCAGCGUGCCACCACCAGGUACCCUACAAGCGUUCCAACAGGCCAACCUCAACGCGGGAAAUCAACAACAGCAAAACAACAACAACAACAACGGUUCAAACAUUCCACAACCAGGGAUGUUUUCUGCGGACACACCUGAAGUGUGGUUUGCCAUCGCUGAAGCAGACUUCACCGCGAACCGCAUCACAAGCGACAACCAAAAGUACAGUCAAACAUUGAAAGCCCUCCCAAUCAGCAUCUCGAAGCAGCUCUGGGACAUCAUCAGCAAUCCACCACCUCAAGAUAAGUAUCCUUCACUUAAAAACGCCAUACUCAGCCGUUUCUCUGAUUCUAGACAAACACAGCUUCACAAGCUCUUGAGAGACAUGACACUGGGUGACAGGAGACCCUCACAGCUCCUCCGAGAAAUGCGCGAACUGGCCAGAGGAUCAAUUGACGACGAGGCGAUGCGCCAGCUCUGGAAAGAGCGUCUUCCAGCUACGGUACGUCCAUAUCUCCUGGUUUCACCGAACCUCAAUGACCUCAAGAGCCUGGCGGAGAUGGCAGACCGCCUCGUGCUCAACAUGGGCAACAGCUCGGUCUACGCAGUUCACAACAAAGAUCAUUCACCCUCUACAGGACAGACUCAUCUCGAGCAACAAUUGCUGGAUCUUAGACUAACGACGAAAAACUGCCAACAGGAUAUCAGCAACUUACAACAACAGCUACAGCAGCAGCUACUUCUGAUAAACAAUCUGACGCAACAAACCUCGAGAGUAAAUCAAAACAACCGAGGACAUCACUCCAGGGCCAGGUCCAUCACACCCAAUCGCAACGGGUAUUGCUAUUAUCACAGCCGAUGGGGUAUUGACGCAUGCAAAUGUAUCCAGCCUUGCAAAUUCAACCCCAUCGUGCCCAACAACCAGGGAAACUAG